AUGUCGGCCCUUAAGCUCCUGACUUGCAUCGGUUUGGAGGAGACGACAGCGAGGAGCGCUCUUGAGAACCCCAAACUUCUGUCCGAUCUCAUUGCCAUCAUCCAAGAGGCCGGAGUGGACAACGGCUGCGACAAGCACAUCGGCAAGCUUCUGUAUACGGUUGCCGCAAGAUACAUGAAUGGCCAUCGCCCGCAGCACCUGUCUACCGUCUUGCGCUACAUCGCGUCUGGAAAGAUGCGGAGCCACCAGCUAGAAGCAGCUCUUGAGUACAUCACUGCCGCGAGGCGCGAGUCUGUUGAUCUCGCAAAGUUCGAGAGGGCUUGCGGAAUAGUGCCUCUCGAGGACGUAAAGGCUGCAGUUGAUACUGUGAUCAACAGAAACAAGGAAAAGCUUCUGGCUGAGCGCUAUGCUGCCUUUAAACUGUCAGCUUUGGUGGCGCAGGUGAGGGAGCUCCAGCCGCACGCUGAUCACAGAGACGUGAAAGCGGCACUGGAUGGGCAGCUCUACGAGCUGCUGGGUGAGAAAACCGGGGACGCACACAAAUCUAGAAAGACCAACAAAGCUCGUGUUCCCGAGCAGCUUCCAGAGGAGGACCUGGAUCCGUUCUCCUCAUUUCCGAGCCCCCUGGACAACACGGGGCCUCACGUCGACGUCGAGCUGAGCGAUGGAACGGUCUUCCGCCCGUCCAACUCGAGGGAAAAGCUGGAGAAACAUCUCAGCGCCACCGGAGGGGCGGUGGUCACGCGUUUUCCACCCGAGCCCAAUGGAUAUAGCCAUUUAGGACAUGGCAAGGCCAUGGGUAUGAACUUUGGCUUUGCGUGCGAGGCCAACGGGAAAUGCUACCUGCGGCUGGAUGAUACGAAUCCAGAAGGCGAGAGUGACGAGUUCACCGCCAACAUCCAGGAUAUGGUUCAGUGGCUCGGGUGGAAGCCAUUCAAGGUGACUUACUGUAGCGAUUACUUCGAAGAGCUCUACGAGAAGGCUGUCGAACUUAUAAAGCGAGGUUAUGCUUAUGUGGACCAUCAGACGCCGGCAGAAGUAAAAGAGUACCGGGAGAAGCUACUAGAGAGCCCCUGGAGGAACCGUCCCAUAGACGAGUCCCUGGAGCUGUUUGAGCAGAUGCGCGCUGGUGCCGUCCCAGAAGGCCAGGCCACCUUGCGCAUGAAACAAGAUAUGAAAAGCAACAAUGGCAACAUGCUCGAUCUCGUUGCUUACAGGAUCAAGUUUGCCUCGCAUCCUCGAACGAAAGACAAGUGGUGUAUAUACCCCACUUACGACUACUCUCACUGCAUCGUCGAUUCUCUGGAGAACAUUACGCACUCGCUUUGUACGCUGGAGUUUGAGACCAGGCGCGUCUCUUACUAUUGGUUGUUGGACAAGCUUGACAUGUAUCUCCCGUAUGUCUGGGAGUAUGGCCGCUUAAACGUGUCCAACAAUCUGCUAUCCAAGCGCAAGCUCAAGUAUCUGGUAGACAAGCAAAUGGUUGAUGGUUGGGAUGAUCCUCGCCUCUUGACUCUGGCCGGGCUGCGUCGAAGGGGCGUUCCGCCGAACGCAAUCAACAACUUCUGUCGUGCUCUAGGCAGAACACGCAGUGACAAUCUCAUAAGCACGGACCUGGUAGACCAUUUCGUGCGGGAGGAGCUAAACAAGACAGCACCGAGGACGAUGGUGGUCUUCCAGCCGCUGAAGGUGACGAUCAUCAACUUUGAAGGUCACGAACAAGACCAGGUUGUGGAGGCGAAGCGCUUCCCGGACGCAAACUCUCCCACGUACAAGAUACCCUUCACCAAGACCAUAUACAUCGAGAGAACGGACUUUCGAGAGCACGACUCAAAGGACUACUAUGGUCUGUCCAAAGGAAAGUCGGUGCUGUUGCGGUAUGCGUUCCCGAUAACUUGCGUGGAUUACGUCUGCGUGGAUGGCGAGGUUGUGGAGCUUUUGGCUACUUACGAUCCCCUCAAGGCCAUCAAACCCAAGGGGGUUAUCCACUGGGUUCCCGAAGCUGCGCCGGGAACAAAGCAGCUGACGGUCGAAGUGAGGCUUUUCGGCAAGCUGUUCAAAUCAGAGGAUCCCAGGCUCCACAGCAACUGGCUCGAGGAUUUUAAUCCCCAGUCCAAGGAGGUGAUCAAUGAUGCGGUUGCUCUCCACUGCUUGAAGGAUGUGAAGUGCGGGGAUUGCUUCCAGUUCGAGCGCAAAGGCUACUUUGUUGUGGACCGUGAUUCCAGCUCGUGCAAGACUGUUUUCAACCGGAUCGUCGCUUUGAAGAGCUCGUUUAGAGGAUGAUGGUCCACGCUCCGACAUCUAAUGUUUGGGCCUCUUUCCAAACUGCUACCAGUGCGAAUCCUCGUAGUGCUUUAGAAUGGAUCGAUGCAUUUUGCUCGUUGGAACUCGAUCUUACAAGAGACAAAUGUUUAAUUAAAAUAGAAACAAUCUUUCUGUGGUUUUAAAUCUCUAAAACAUGUGAUUGUGCCACUUC